UUAUACUUAAGGACUCUGGAAAUACUGAAACUUCAUGCUGAAUUCUUGCCAGUCUCAUUUACAAAAUAAUUAGUGUUUUGUUUCUGGUGCUUUCAUGAAAUGGUUUGAAAGUCACUCAGAUCUAUUUUACUCCCAAGAAUUGAUUCAUGACAGUAAUGUGACCGCACAGUUCAACUAGCUGUUUUAUGCACUGUAAUUAAAGUCUUGUCUGGAUAUAAAUGUUUAUUGCACAGUUAAAGGAACCAUUUUUAUUGUUAUUCAAAUAAAAGGCUCAGGGACCUUGCUUUCAUAAUGGAUUUGAACUCUGAUUUUGUACAUGGCACCAAAAAAAAAAGUGCUGAGUUAUUCUGUAACCAGGCGUGUGGGGUCAAAGACACCGAAGGGAUCAGAAAACUGUACUACAAACAGAUAAGCAAAACUGAAAUGCCAAGGACGGAGUCUAGUUUCUUCCUAGAAAUACCAAAGCCAAAUCUGGGGAGGAAACGGAGCACAAAGUCAUGUCCUAUGUCAUGGGUGGAGCCGAAGAGGUCAGGUUUCCAAGUACCAUACUUCAAAGAAGCCCUCUCCAUUUUCAGAAUGGGACCUACAACUAUGAAGUCACUCUGGAUAAUCCUCUUUCUACUGGUGCAAGGCACACGGGGUUUUCUCAUUCAAAACGCUAAAGUCAAGCUGUGUUUACAAGCCAGCACGACAGAUGAGAAUUUACUUUUAGCAAACUGUAAUCCCACGUCAGAGUUCCAACACUGGUCUUGGCAAGACAAUUCCUUGAUCAAUCAAGGCACCAGGAAAUGUCUGUCUACAGAUGAAGCCAACAGCGUGCGGUCAAGUCCCUGUGAAAGUGCAGCACAUGCAAACUGGGAGUGUGUUAAUUUCACGCUGCACUCUGUGGGCAGCACCCCUAUGUACCUGACUGCAGAUAAGAAUAAAGCCGCUCUGGCGAAUACAAAAAGCCCAAGUUCCCGAUGGCGAGUCAGUCGGGGGCAGAGCGUCUGUGAUCAGAAGCCAGCAAAGGCAGAGAGCAGUAGAUAUUUCGCUUUGGCUCUUACCAGCACACAAAAGCAUGACGAGGUGGAAGGCAAUCCCACUCCUGGAAUGCCUAUGUCUCAAGAACAACUACAGGAGAUGUUGUGGUUUUUCCGGAGCGGAGAUUCAUCCACGUGGAAUUACUCCAUUUUAGUCCUGUCCUUUGUGGUUCUGUUUCUGGGCCUCCUUCUUCUGGGAAUAAAUAUCAUGGCAAACAGAAAUAGGAAGAUUAUCCUCAUGUAUGAACAAACUGCCAAAACUGCCAAGCCAGCUGAGCCAGAAGCCAAGCCACCCUUUGUGGAUUUGAAGGAAGAUAAUAACUUGAAUCCUUUAACACAAGAUUUGCUGCCGAAAGGACAAAGCCCAGGGGAGGUUUUGGUUCAGUGGAAGGAUGGCAACGUUACAGCCCUGUAUGCGGACAAGUCAGAGGAGGACAUGUAAGAGCGAGCGCAAUCCGAGUCUAGACCCCAGACAAAUAGUUCACCAAGUGUCGUGUAUCUAAAUUCAUGCUGACUGGAGCUUGGGAAGUUAAGCACGGUUUAUCAAGGGGAAUAAAAAGAAAUACAGGGGAGAUUCCUCGGCAUGAGCCGCUCUUGACUCAGAUAGUCUGGUCUGGUCCCACCUGCUUUGAUGCCAAUAUGGCCUGAUCCUUACCUGCUGCUGUCAUUUGGUUCGAAGGUUACUCCUACAUGCCAGCUUUGCCCACCCUCUCUCAGCUGUCACUCGCUUCCACUGCAAAACAAUUAUAUGAGCCAAACCAGACAAGGAAGGGGGGGAGGAUUUUCCUGCGGUCAGCCAGGGAAUGCGUGCUUUUAAAAAACUUUGCGAAGGUUCAUCGGGAAAACGCUGAAGCUAAGCAGAUGUGCUGAUGCUUCGUCAAAAGUUGUCUUUAUUAAAAUAUUUUCCAAAGUA